AUGUCAUUCCUUUUUGGAGGCGGGCGGCCUCAGCCAACAUCCGCAGAGAAGAUUGCUGCAGCAGAGACAGAAGUGGAAAUGGUCUCAGACAUGUUUAGCAGAUUAACACAAUCAUGUCUCAAGAAAUGCAUACCCGCCGAUUACCGCGAAAGUGACCUGAACAAGGGUGAGAGUGUCUGUCUUGAUCGAUGCGUGGCCAAAUUUUUCGAAGUCAAUAUCAAAGUUUCAGAAAAGAUGCAGGGAGAGGCGGCUGGAAGACAAACAGGAGGUGGUGGCAUGUUCGGAAUGUAA